CUUAGAGGUCCUGACUCUGCUGUGUUAGCAUUAGCGUUUAGCGGGGCGCGUGAGUCUCCUUCAUCUGUCGCCGGUGCGCUGUGACCCGGUUCUGCUGCGCAGGUUCGACCCGCAUUCUCCGAUAUAAUGGCUGUUCCUCCAGCAUACGCAGACCUGGGAAAGGCUGCGAGCGACAUCUUCAACAAGGGCUACGGUUUUGGGACGGUGAAGCUCGAUGUCAAAACCAAGUCUGCUAACGGAGUGGAGUUUAAAACAUGUGGCACGUCCAACAUGGACUCAAACAAGGUCAGCGGGAACCUGGAGACCAAGUAUAAAUGGGCUGAGUACGGAUUGACCUUCACUGAGAAGUGGAACACGGACAACACGCUGGGCACCGAGAUCACCGUGGAGGACCAGAUCACCAAAGGACUGAAGCUGACCUUUGACACGACCUUCUCACCAAACACUGGCAAGAAGAGCGGCAAGGUGAAGACGGCCUAUAAGCGUGAGUAUGUGAACGCGGGCUGUGAUGUGGAUUUCGACUUCGCCGGUCCUGCCAUCCACGGCGCGGCUGUGCUGGGAUACGAGGGCUGGCUCGCCGGAUACCAGAUGACCUUUGACUCCGCCAAGUCCAAAAUGACUCGCAGCAACUUUUCGAUCGGAUACAAAACCGGAGACUUCCAGCUGCAUACUAAUGUGAAUGAUGGCACAGAGUUCGGCGGCUCCAUUUAUCAGAAAGUGAGCGAUGAUCUGGAGACGGCGGUGAAUCUGGCCUGGACCGCCGGCAAUAACAGCACACGCUUCGGCAUCGCCGCCAAAUACAUGCUGGACUCCAGCUCCUCUAUUAGUGCUAAAGUGAAUAAUGCCAGCCUGGUUGGCAUCGGCUACACUCAGACUCUCAGACCAGGAGUGAAGCUGACGCUUUCCGCCCUGGUUGAUGGAAAGAACAUCAACGCUGGAGGGCAUAAGCUGGGUCUGGGACUCGAGCUGGAGGCGUAACAACCGGCUGAGAGUCACGUCGCAUUUCUCACGGGAACAUCCGGCAAGGGAAGAGUCUGAAAUCUCCACACGCAGACGACCAUGGAGUUUAACCUGAAUGCCGAACCCAAACCUGCGCCUCGUCUCUUAUUUAUUUGCAGCACUACCUUACUGUCAAUAUUUCUCUCCAAACUGGCGCUUUCCAUCUGUAUGUGCUUUCCUUUCCAGGUCAUUUUUAGAGGAAUAGUUUACCAAAAAUGUAAAUUAUUAUUAUUUACUCAUCCUCAUGUUGAUGCAAACCUUGAUUUUGAUUAACAUAAAGAUUUCUGCAGCUCCUUUCUGUGCAACAGCAGUAAGUACGACUGUCAAACUUCAAAAUAAAAGUCUCCUGAAACCAAACAAUGGCUGCGUCCAAAAGCCUAGUCAACAGUUGUACAUUUUGUAGAAAAAUUAUCUUAAAGUUAUGUAUAAAUGAUUUAAUAAUACAUAAAGACCUCGAAAGUCUGUGCGUCAGAAAAAAGACGGCAGAGAAUGGCAUUUUUUGCUUAAAAAAAUAAAAGCACUGUUGCAAGUAUUAUUGCAUAACAGUUCAUUGUUAUUAGUGGCUGUUUCGUUAUUAUCGGUAGUGUAUUGUAAAUAUUCUUAUUUACUACUCAUUUGAACCCUUUUAACAUUUCUAGAAAAUACUGUUACUACAAACAAUAUUGUUUAUGAUGCUUUUUACACUAUUACUACUCGGUCAAGAUCUCAUCUAUUAUAUAAAGUAACAAGUUUAAUUUCACCAGAAUAUCUUUAUUUAUAUUGUCUAUAAGACGCACACGCACAGGAUUGUGGGAAAUCGAAGACCGCGAAGGAUACAUCUAUGCUACCUUCAAAAAUUCGAUCAAAACAAGGUACCUCCGGAGACAGGAAGUGAAUUCGGACGUUCCUUGAUGCCUUCCUGCCUUGGUAUGCUGCCUAAUAAGGCAGCAUUUUAGAGCUUUGGGACACAGCCAAUAUCCUUUUGUGAGAAGCAAAUAUAAACGUUGAUAAUUUGACUGUUUUUGUUUGGAAAAAACUGUGCAAAGAUUUUAAAUAUAACCACAUAUGUGUUUCAUCAGCAUGAGGGUGAGUAAGUUUAUUUUUUUGGCCUGAUCUUGUUCUCUUGAAUGUACGUUAUGAUGAUUUGCACACGGGGCGUUUCCUCUUACCGCUGCUGUUUAGUGAUGUCCGGACGCUGUUGUUGGCUGUUUGUCGUGGUAGUUCGGCUUUAUCGUCCUUCUCUCUCUGUAUUCAAGCUUUAUGGUUCUCAAACGGGUUCUUUCGUAGUGAGAUGUUGCGGUUGUUUGCACACGACCUCUCCGGAAACACUCGAGCAGACACGGUUGAGGGAGACGAGAGGCUUUCCUUGCUCAACCGCACAAUCACAACCUUCUGUAUGUCGACCUUUGCAAUAAAGUCCUAAAACUGGAA